AUGAGAAUAUUUAUUAAUAAUGUAAACACAUACAGUGGUAGUUGUUUAUGCGAAACAUUUGAUGAACUAAGAGAAAAAAAAACAGAAAUAUAUGGAACACUAAUAGAAAAUGAAAAUGAAGAAAAUUCUAUGAUAUAUAAUUAUAACAAUGUAAAAAAAAUAAUAUCUAAAAUACCUAAAGAUAAUAUAAUAAAAAAUAUUUUAAAAUGUGAGCUAAUUAUAUAUGAUCUGCAUAAUACCAAUAUAGAAGAAAUAGAAUAUAUUAUAAGAAAAUUAAAAUACGAAAAAUUUGAUAAAAAAAUUACUAUUAUUUUGAUAUCCUCUAUAAUGACAUGGAAUAAAACUAAAAGAAAAUUUAUAAAAAAAAAAAUUGAGGUAAAAAAUUACUCAGGAAAUUAUAAUGAAAUAAAAAAUACCUGUGAUAAAAGAAAAAAUAAUAGAAAUAAUGACAAAUUAAUUUUAGAUAAUAAUAUUAAAGAAGAAAAUAAAAAUGUAAUACAUGGAAAAAAUGACACAAAUCAUGAAGAAAAUGAAAUAAAAUAUAUAUAUAUCCCAGAAGUAUUUAGCGAAAAGGAUUAUCUAAAAAGAAUGCCGUCUAACUUAUUUGAAGAAUAUAAAAGUAUUGAAACACUUAUAUUAUCUUUAAACUCUAUUAAAAAUUUAAAUACAUAUGUAGUUGCAUCUGGAUUAUUAUAUGGUAAUGGAGAAAAUGUAUUUUUUCCUAUUUUUAAAAACGCAUGGCUAAGUAAAGAUAACCAGAUUAUUGAUAAAGGAAAAAAUUACAUUCCUGUAAUUCAUAUAAAAGGUUUAUGCGAAUAUGUAAAGGAAUUAUAUAUAUGUGAACCAACGAAAAGGUACCUAAUAGCUGUUGAUAAUGAAUUUAUUACACAAAAAAAGAUUAUUGAAACUGUAGCAAAAUAUAUUUCAGGUAAUACUAAUUAUAUAAAUGUUCAACCUCACAACUCUUUAUUUUUUGAGAAUGCUGAACAUUUAUGUGUUAAUUUACGAUUUUCAUGUACAAAGUUUUAUGAUAAUAAUGAAAAAAAAAAGAAAAAGAAAAAAGAAUAUUUCAAAAGAAAAAAGAGUAGAAAUAGAAAUAAUGAUGACGAAAGUACAGAACAGGAAAACGAAACAGACAAAGAAGAAAAAGUAGAAAAAGGAGAAGAGGAAGAGGAGGAGGAAGAGGAAGAAGAGGAGGAAGAGGAAGAAGAGGAGGGAGAAGAAGACGAAAGCGAAGAUGAAAAUAAUGAAGAGGAUGAUGAGGAAAGUGAAGAAGAGAAUGAAAAGGAAGAAGAAAAAGAAGAAGAUGAUGAGGAAAAUGAAGAGGAUGAUAAGGAAAAUGAAGAGGAUGAUGAGGAAAAUGAAGAGGAUGAUGAGGAAAAUGAAGAAGAAGAAGAAGAAGAAGAAGAAGAUGAAGAGGAAGAAGAAAAAGAAGAUGAUGAUGAAGAUGAAAAGAAAAAGAAUAAGGGGAAGGAUGAAAAUAAUGAAAGUGAUAAAUAUAUAGACAAAAAAGGAAGAAAAAAAAAAAAAAAAAUGCAAAAAAAAAAAAAAGAAAAUUUCUCAAUAAAAUUUCAUUGUUUUGAUGGUUUUUCAAAAAACAUUUGCAUUUUAGCAAGAGAAUUUUGUGAAUAUAGAAAUCUUAAAGUUUUAAAAGUUUUAAUUUUAGGUCAACCAGGCAGCGGGAAAACAUAUAUAGCUAAAAAGAUAUGUGAGCAUUAUAAUUUAAUACUAUGCUCUAUUAGUUCCUUAAUUGAUGAAUACAAAAAUAGUAAUUAUAAUUUUCCUGAGUAUUAUAAAAAAUAUUUAAAUGAACUGGAAAAGGAAAAAAAAAAAGAUAUUAAGAAAAUAAAGUUAAAAUUAGAUGAUCUUUCAUCUAUGUUUUACAAAAAGUUAGAAACUAAUGAAUGUAAAUUUAGAGGAUAUGUUUUAGACUUUUUUCCCAGAAACUAUGAUGAGGCAAAAUACUUUUUUGAAAAUUAUAGUAUAGACAAUGAGAAAAUAAAAGAAAUUACUGGAAAUCACAUAAAUCCAAGUGGAGAUAAUCAGAAAUAUAAGGAUAAAAAAGAAGACGAAAAAAGUGAAGAUGAUAAAAAAAGUGAUGACUAUGAAGAAAAAGAUGAAACAAAAGAAGAAAAAGGAAGUAAUAAAAACUUAAGUGCUAAUAUGUCGAAUAAUACUGAUACUCCAUCUAAUUCUGAUGAUUCGUUAAAAAAUAAUAGUACAAAUAGAGAUACUAUUAUAUCAAAAGAAAAAGAAAAAAAGAAGGAAAAAGUCAAUAAAUGCAUAAAUAAUUUUAUAAUGCCUGAAUUCAUUAUCAUAUUAAAAUCCAAAGAAGAAUUGUGUAGAAAAAGAAUGAUGAACUUAUCUGAAGAAGAAAUUAUAAAAGGGCACAAUGAUGAAAGUGGAUUUGAAAGGAGAUUCAAAAAAUAUAUGAAUGAAAAUUGCAGAAAUGAUUAUUUUGAAAAUUAUGAAAAAAAAAGUAUUGAAGAUUAUUUUAUAGAAAAAGAAAUAGAAGUUUUUAAUGUAAAUAUAAACGAAGAUUCAUUGUUAGAAGAUAUUUUAACAAAUAUUUAUAUUUAUAUUGAAAAAAAUAAAAAAUUUUAUAAUUUCUUACCAUCUGUAGAUGAUAUUUUAAAAAAAAAGUUAGAACAAAAAGAACAGUAUUUGAAAGAUGAAAAAGAAAGUGUAAAUAAAAUUGAAGGAGACAUAGUAAUUAAGGAAAUAAAUAGAAAUGAGGAGUUGAUAAAAGCAGAAAAAAAAAGACAACAAUUAUUGCUUGAACACCAACAAAAAUAUAUUCAUAAUCAAUCACUUCCUUUAAGAUUUUAUUUAAUUAAAAACAUUUUACCAAUAUUAACUGACGCAUUAAUAUAUAUUUGCAAAACAAAACCUAAAAAUCCAUGUUUACAUAUAGCAGAAUAUUUGUUAAAAAAUGCUCAUAAGUAUAAUAUUGAAGGAGAAGAUUUAGAAAUUUUAGAAUCUGAAAAUAUAGAAACAGGGGAAAAAUUAUGA